GCGUUCCCACCAUAAUUAAAUCGAUAUUUACUCGAUUAUUCGGCGAGCUAUCAACCUCUCGCGAGUGAAGUUUCUCCGUUUAACGAAUUAUUUUGGUCCAGACAUUGAGCACUGUCUUUGAAGAAAGAUAACGUUCUGAAAUGAAAGAAAGAAAGGAAAUUAUUGCUUUGUUGCUAUUAUUUCUUGUGAAUGUCGCGCGAAGCGAUACAUUUUCCAGUACUGUAAAUCGCGAGGAUCCGUGCAUUAAUUUAUGUGAAAAAGCACCUCUGUCAUUCACAAAUAAUAAAUAUGUCAAGUCAUGCUGUCAACGUGGAUGUAGAUUCUAUAAUUUAGUGGACUUACAUUAUGAAUUUGAACCAAACAAUUUAAAUGGUACCAGAGAUGCCUGCGAAUCCUCAUGUGCAGAAGCAUACUCAUUGCCACAAGGUCGCUAUGCAUGUAUUACUGGCUGUGAUUUUAUGGGCAGACAGCGUUUUUCUGAUCUGUUAACAAUCUUUACUGACGCAGUAUAUGUAGAGGAAGGUGCAGAUUCUAAUACACUUUUUAUGUUACCUGACAUGCCUGAAAAUGAUAUUUUAAGUGACCCUGGUUUACGUAAGGAACUUUUCCCAGGAUGGUGGGAUUUAAAUGGGUUUAGAUUGCCACAGACAUAUAUUAAAACUGUUCCUUUGGAUGCUGGGACAAUAGAUUAUGGUGUACCAUCAGACUACUCUGGUGAGAAUGAGCAGUCAGCUUCAAUUCCUGGAUCUGAUUGGCUUCAGUGCGUGUCGCGACAUAUUGGUCUACCACAGUGGCUUUUAUUUUCUGCUAUUGCAGCUGCAGCUUUGUUUGCACUUUGGCUAUAUCUAGAAAAUUGUUCAGAAAAAUCCAAAGAUUCUUAUAAAGAGAUGCUUAUUGAGAAGUCUGACAUUUCUCCUACUGUGACAUUAUAUUUACCAGAAGUACCAUUGCAUAAACAACCUCCUCCUAAAUAUUCAGAGAUUGUUGAUGUACCCGAAUUGAAGUUUAGUUAAUUGUUCUGACACAAUAACUUUCAAAUAAUUUUCAGAACUAUUUAAAUUUAAGUAUAUCAAUACAAUUUUGAAUAAACUAUGUUUACAUUAUG